AUGGAUUCGAAUCGAGGGUUUGAAAGAUUCUGUUUCCAAAUCAUGACAGGAUGGCAGGGAAGAGGUGCAAGAGGUGCAAGUGGGAGGCUCUUGGACAAAACCACUCUUGACGAGAUUGCGAAUCUAGAGAGGCUAACUGUUGUCUCUUCUCCCAUCAGGUCAACGUUCCCAAGACCCGCCGCACCUACUGCAAGGGCAAGACUUGCAAAAAACACACUCAACACAAAGUCACACAAUACAAGGCCGGCAAAGUGCGAUCUCCCUCUCCAGAACCCGCCCGCCUCGCUAUUCGCACAGGGAAAACGUCGAUACGACCGCAAGCAAUCCGGUUACGGUGGUCAAACGAAGCCCGUGUUCCACAAGAAGGCUAAGACGACCAAGAAAGUGGUGCUGAGAUUAGAGUGCACAGUUUGCAAGACCAAGGCACAAUUAUCGUUGAAACGAUGCAAGCACUUCGAGUUGGGGUAUGCCACAACCUUUGGCCUUCGAUAUGAGCAGACCAGGGCUGACUUGAAUUUCUGCAGCGGUGACAAGAAGACGAAGGGUGCGGCUCUUGUGUUCUAG